GCCGGCUUUAAAAAAGUGAGGUUAAAAACCAUUGUUUAUUUGCCAUUCGUCUAUUUUUCAAUAACGAUGUUUCAAGAUAAAAUAGAAGAAUUUCAAAAUUAUUUUAAAUCUCAUAACAAAUCCAAAGAGUAUCUAGGGCAUUCUUCCAAAGUACAUUCAGUGGGAUGGAGCUGUGAUGGAAAAAGACUUGCUUCUGGUUCUUUUGAUAAAUCUGUUUGUAUUUAUACUUUGGAUAGAGACAGGCUUAACAAAGAAGUUGUAUUUAAAGGACAUGGGGGUUCAGUAGACCAAUUAUGUUGGCAUCAAACCCAUCCCGAUUUAUUGAGUACAGCAAGUGGUGACAAAUCAGUAAGAAUUUGGGAUACAAGAGUUUCAAAAUGUGUGGCCACUAUUAAUACCAAAGGAGAAAAUAUAAACAUAACCUGGUCCCCAAAUGGAAACACUAUAGCAGUAGGAAAUAAGGAAGAUCUUGUAACAUUUAUUGAUGCUAGAACACACAAAAUUGAAGCAGCCGAACAGUUUCACUUUGAAGUAAAUGAAAUAUCUUGGAAUAACACCAGUGAUUUGUUUUUUUUGACCAAUGGCCAAGGCUGUGUGCAUAUUUUAAGUUAUCCUGAAUUAAAAAGGCAACAUAUCCUCAAAGCUCAUCCAGGAACAUGUAUAUGUAUAGAAUUUGACCCUACUGGUAAAUAUUUUGCAACGGGUAGUGCUGAUGCUUUGGUAUCUUUAUGGGAUAUUAAUGAACUGGCCUGUGUGAGAGUCUUUACAAGAAUGGACUGGCCAGUUCGAACCAUAUCCUUUAGCCAUGAUGGACAAUUACUGGCAUCAGCUUCAGAAGAUUUAAUUAUUGACAUUGGUUUUGUUGAAACAGGUGACAAAAUUGCAGAUAUAUCUGUAGAAGCUGCCACAUUUACAGUAGCAUGGCACCCAUCAUUGUAUUUGUUGGCAUAUGCUUGUGAUGACAAGGAUUCCUACGAUAGGAAAAGGGAUGCUGGCAGUCUUAAGGUUUGGGGGUUUCCUUCUGAUUAAGGAUUAAAACCCAAUAAAAUUCUUUUAGUUAGUUUUUUUAUUAUAUAUAAAACAAAGUGUCAGAAUAAUUAAAUUAUGUAAUAAAUAUUUUUUAUAAAAAUAUUAAAUCCUUAUUAAACUAAAGAAGCCUCCAUUUUUAUUCCAGAAUCUUUUUCCUCAACCUUGGCUUUCUUAGCUGGGGUUUCACCUUCUUCUAAUUCCUCACUUUCUUUUUCAGUUGGGCAAAUAGCUUUAAAAAUACUAUUCUUAAAUUCUUCAUACUUCUCUUUAUCUUUUAAUAAACUACUUUCCUUCAUUAUUUCACUAUAAUCUGCAUUACUUUUUGGGGCUUCUUCUGCAAUAUCAAUCUUUUUAUCACCUUUAUCAAAAUAGUUGUUUAACUUUGCAUGACUGCUUGUAGAAGUGUCAAUCUUCAUUAUUUCCCUAAUUACCAUUGUAGCAUAUGAAGAAGAAUGUAAUGUAAAUUCCAUCACUAAAGCCUUAAACUUGCCAUUUUCCAAACUAACAGGUUCAGGAACUUUUUUAAGUUGCUCAAAAUCUGAUAAAAUUAAAUUAUAAUUGGGAUCAUUAUAAUUUAGUAUUUUCCAAGUUAAGUAUUUGGGCUGAGUAAGAAUGUUUCUAUAAGUCCCACUUAAAGUGUAGGUUUUAACUUUCUGUUUUGGCAUUUCCAAGGAUAACUCAAAUUCUUCUAAAGCUUCUUUGUAUGCGUUUUUUAAAUAUUCUGGAUAAACUACGUCAUAUCCUGGCAAUGGUAAUACAAUGUCAAAAAUAUUAAAACUUUCUAAUUCGUCAAAUUUUAGUGCUCUUACUUCCUGCUUACACUUGAUCUCUUCAUCAUCAUUAUUAUCUUUACUCUCCUUUUGUUCAUUAAUAAUUAUUAAAUCACCUUCAAUAGGCUUCAAUCCAAAUUCUUUAAUUCUUUUUGAAACUAUUCUAUUCCAAAUUAAGCUUUGAAAUGCAUGUAUAUACAGAAGUCUCAUAUUUCUUGGAAUUUUUUCCAAAGCAUUUACAUAAUCAUUAGCUGCUUCUUUUGAUAGUCCCUCCAAUAAUUUAGCUUCUAUACAAUUAUUUUCACUGACAUUUAACUCUUUAAAAGCUUUUAAUGCAUCCCCAGUUUCACUGUAAACUUUUUUAGCCUUUGAAAUGUCCAAAUGUGGGUCAUCAUAUUUUUUUGAUUUUAAAAUUAACUUUACAGCUUCCUCCCAUUUACCAUGCAUUAACUUAAUACCAAUAUCAAAAGUAGGUACUUCUUUAUCAUUUCCAAAUCUCUGCAAUCCAUAAUAAUUUAUAAAACCAUUUUCUUUAACAAACUGCAUAUUUUUGUUAAUUAAUUCAUCCUCACCUUCGACAUUUCUCAGAGCUAUCCUAAAUGUAUUACCACUGAGAUCACCUAAUCUUAAGGGAUGAUCCUUGAAAGUAAUAUUACCAAUUUUAACAUUCCUUAAGUUUUUAGUUUUAAUUAUAAGCUUCCAGGGUUCCACUUUUUUAGCUGAAAACCACUGGGUUGUUUUGGCUCUUUUAUCUUUAACACCAGCAUAAUUAAAUGUGUGUGUAGCCAUCCUCACACAGUCACUGAUUUUAAUGCAAGCAUCCAUAGUGUCCAUACAUUCUUUAUAAAGUAUAAAAUGAACAUAUUCACCUUUAUCUUCUGGCCACUGUUGUCUUUGAUUUCUAUCAUUGUUGGUUGACCGUCGAAAUUCUAAAAACUUUUUAUCAUCUUUGUUUAGAGUGGAAGCAAUUAUUUUCUGACCAAAGUGUGUUUUCAUACAUGCAUGUAUACUUUUCCUUUCUUCUUUUGUUAAUUCAUCUGCACCAAUUUUCACCAAAGUUUUCUCAGGGUUAUCCAUGAUAUUCUUUAUUUCUUCCCAUGUUUCUUUUGAUAUUUUUUCGUGCGGACUCUCCACAACUUCUUUAUAAUUCACAUUCUCAACUUUUGGAUGGAAAUCUUUAGGAAUAUCUGUAUUGGUCAAUUUUGCCACAUUACCUUCCAAAUCUAUUUCGUUUACUUGAAAAUCCGAAAAUCUUGCUUUUAAAAUUCCAGUAAAACCAUCCAAAUCGCUCAAAUAUUCUGUUAUUCCGACUUCUUUUUCAGUUAAUUGAUCAACAUGACGGUAUUCUUUUUUUCCUCCUCCUCUGUUAUCAUUGUGUGGUUUUCCUUGCCACUUGUUGUUUCUUUUAAAGUUCUUCUUGUGGCCAAACCGUCCAGACAUAUUGCAGGAAGAAAUAGCAACUGUGAGAGGAAAAAUGCCACCACGUAGACGUCAAAAACGAUUAGUGUGGUAAUUUGAGGUUAUGUUUUGUAGUUUGGAUCAUUUGAACUACUAAACGCAUGGCCAACUUGUAUGAAACUCACACCUCAUGAUGAGGUUCGUCACAGAACCGUUUGUCCCAAACUAACGUCUAGGUACGGAAAAAUUCCGAAGCUUUGAAACCAACCCAAACCCAACAACCC